ACAUUAAACUGUAUUUUAUUUUUACAGGGUUAUCUCAUCAGACUAUGAGCUCCUUGAAAGAAGGAAUCGUGUCUUACUUAUCUUUGUAUGCCCUGAGUCUGCCACAGUUCCUGAUACACAGUUUAUGCUGAAUUUUGGAACAUGGCCACUGCUUCCCCAAGGUCUGAUAGUACUAGUCACCACAGUGGAAGGUUGCAGUUACAGGUAACUGUUUCUAGUGCCAAACUAAAAAGAAAAAAGAACUGGUUUGGAACAGCAAUAUAUACAGAAGUAGUUGUAGAUGGAGAAAGUAAGAGAACAGCAAAAUCCAGCAGUUCUUCUAAUCCUAAAUGGGAUGAACAGCUAAAUGUAAAUGUGACCCCACAAACUACAUUGGAAUUUCGGGUUUGGAGUCAUCACACUUUAAAGGCAGAUGCUUUAUUAGGAAGAGCAACGGUAGAUUUGAAACAGGCUCUGUUAAUACACAAUAGAAAAUUGGAAAGAGUGAAAGAACAAUUAAAACUUUCCUUGGAAAACAAGAAUGGCGUAGUGCAAACUGGUGAAUUGACAAUUGUGCUUGAUGGAUUGGUGAUUGAGCAGGAAAACCUAGCAAACUGCAGCUCAUCUCCAACUUUAGAAAUACGGCAAAAUGGUGAUGCCUUACAUGAAAAUGCAGAGUCUUCCGAAAGGACAACUGUCAGGUUGGCUGCUGAAGGUACUCCUGGAAUGGCUAAUCACGUACCUGCAGAUGCUGCAGUCCAGGAGCCUUGCUGUUCAUGUGUGGUUAAUGGAGACAACACACCUUCACCUCCAUCUCAGGUUUCUGCCAGACCCAAAAAUACACCAGCUCCAAAACCACUCAUGCCUGAGCAUGCCAGUGACGCUGUGAAUGGAGAGCCCUCCUCAUCCCCGGCAGCGGAUCCUGCUCCCGCCGGGGCUGCUCCUGGGGCCGCCGAGGAAGCCGCCUUACCUGCAGACUGCAUGGGCACGGCUGUCCAAGAUCCUCCUGCGCAAGAGUCACGGCCUUCCUCGGAGAACAGUGACUGUGUGGCCUCUGUCGGCGCACAGCCGGGGUCUGAAGCCAGAAGCACGGGGGAGCCUGACCAUCCUGACGCUGCAAGUAGCUCUGCUUUCGACAAAUCAAGGCAGCCAGAGGGCUGCACGGAGUCUGUUCGGCAACAGUCUGCAAAUGCCAGCGCAGAAACUUUGCCAUCUGGGUGGGAACAGAGGAAAGAUCCUCAUGGGAGAACCUAUUAUGUGGAUCAUAACACUCGAACUACCACGUGGGAGAGACCACAACCUUUACCUCCAGGUUGGGAAAGAAGAGUUGAUGACCGUGGGAGAGUUUAUUACGUGGAUCACAACACCAGGACAACCACGUGGCAGCGGCCGACCAUGGAGUCGGUGCGGAAUUUUGAGCAGUGGCAGUCCCAGCGGAACCAGCUGCAGGGAGCCAUGCAGCAGUUCAACCAGCGAUACCUCUACUCGGCUUCCAUGUUAACUGCAGAAAAUGAUCCAUAUGGACCUUUGCCACCAGGCUGGGAAAAAAGAGUGGAUUCAACAGACAGGGUCUACUUUGUGAACCAUAACACAAAAACAACCCAAUGGGAAGAUCCAAGAACUCAAGGCUUACAGAAUGAAGAACCAUUGCCUGAAGGCUGGGAAAUUAGGUAUACUCGGGAAGGUGUUAGGUACUUUGUUGAUCAUAACACAAGAACGACAACUUUCAAAGAUCCUCGCAAUGGGAAGUCCUCUGUAACUAAAGGCGGUCCACAGAUAGCUUAUGAGCGCAGCUUUCGGUGGAAACUUGCUCACUUCCGUUACUUGUGCCAGUCUAAUGCACUACCUAGUCAUGUUAAGAUCAAUGUGUCCCGGCAGACAUUGUUUGAAGAUUCCUUCCAACAGAUCAUGGCAUUAAAGCCCUAUGACCUGAGAAGGCGAUUGUAUGUCAUAUUUAGAGGAGAAGAAGGACUUGAUUACGGUGGCCUAGCAAGAGAGUGGUUUUUCUUGCUUUCACAUGAAGUUUUGAAUCCAAUGUAUUGCCUGUUUGAGUAUGCGGGCAAGAACAACUACUGCCUGCAGAUAAAUCCAGCAUCAACCAUUAAUCCCGAUCAUCUUUCGUACUUCUGUUUCAUUGGUCGCUUUAUUGCAAUGGCAUUAUUUCAUGGAAAAUUUAUUGAUACUGGUUUUUCUUUACCAUUCUACAAGCGUAUGUUAAGUAAAAAAUUGACUAUUAAGGAUUUGGAAUCUAUUGAUACUGAAUUUUAUAACUCCCUUAUCUGGAUAAGAGACAACAAUAUUGAAGAAUGUGGUUUAGAAAUGUACUUUUCUGUUGACAUGGAAAUUUUGGGAAAAGUUACUUCCCACGACCUCAAGUUGGGAGGCUCCAAUAUUCUGGUGACCGAGGAGAACAAAGAUGAAUACAUUGGUUUAAUGACAGAAUGGCGAUUUUCUCGAGGAGUGCAAGAACAGACCAAAGCCUUCCUGGACGGUUUUGAUGAAGUUGUUCCCCUUCAGUGGCUACAGUACUUUGAUGAAAGGGAACUGGAGGUCAUGUUGUGUGGCAUGCAAGAGGUUGACUUGGCAGACUGGCAGAGAAACACUGUUUAUCGACAUUAUACAAGAAACAGCAAGCAAAUCAUUUGGUUUUGGCAGUUUGUGAAAGAGACAGACAAUGAAGUAAGAAUGCGACUACUGCAGUUUGUCACUGGAACCUGCCGCUUACCUCUGGGAGGAUUUGCUGAGCUCAUGGGAAGUAAUGGGCCUCAAAAAUUUUGCAUUGAAAAAGUGGGCAAAGACACCUGGUUACCAAGAAGCCAUACAUGUUUUAAUCGCCUGGAUCUCCCACCGUAUAAGAGUUAUGAACAACUAAAGGAAAAACUACUUUUUGCAAUCGAAGAAACAGAGGGAUUUGGACAAGAAUGAAUGUGGCUGCUUGGAGGAGCUCUUGCGUUGAAAUGCCCCGACCAAGAAGAAUUGCACAGAUAGUAUAUAUAAGCUGUUCAUUCUGUACAGUUUUCUGAACCUCUCGAACGUAUAAAUGUUUUCCGUUCUUCCACAGAAAUAUGCAAAAUCAUUCAUCUUUUUCUACUUUAUUUAUUGUUCCCUUGAAAUGACUGACCAGGAAAAAGAUCAUCCUUAAAUUUUGAAGCAAGAGACUUUAUUAAAAACUAAGAGGUAUAUAUCUAUAAGCAUAUAUGAUAGUGGCUCUAGUUUUAUAGAGCUCUAAGUGUAUUAAACAUGACAGCUGUUCUUCAAAAAGAUCGGGAUUUGCUUUCCCUUUAUUAUCCAGGGGAAAAAUUGCAAAAUGCUCUAUGCUCAUGAGACAGCUCCCGAGGGCUUUCAGCUGCAUGGCUGUUCAGGAAGGUAUUAAGGGCUUAAGCCAAAUCUUACUUUGAGUAUAUUAAAAAAAAAAAAUGCUGCUGGCUUUUCUGAAGGCAGGUGCUUAAACCUGUCAGUUUGUUUUAAAUAAAUUGUUGAAAAUUUUUCCCUAUUUGCUACAUUAGUAAACAGUGAAAAUGCAAAUGGCAGCCAUACUUACAUAAGUCACAUUAGCUCCAAUACCGUUUCGUUGGUUUGAAGAGAUUAGAAAGAAUUCAUUGAUCAGACUAGAGGUUUGUUUACAUGUUACUUGGGAUGUUAGGUCUUUGUGAAUUUAAAAGAAUCAGGCACUACUUUUUAAAUCUGACGUUCUUCAAAUUCAUAGUAAAUCAAUACAGUUUGAUACAUAGGAACAUAUAAAAGGUAAUUUGAACUUUUGCUGUUUGUAUGAAAAAAUCCCAGUUUUAUACUACCAGAUGGAUUGAAAAGUUACACAAAUUUAAGACUAAGGAUUUUCUAUUAGUGUUUAAAUAUCUUCAUUCCUUUCAAAUUCAUUCAAAUUCUAUGUACGUGAAUUAAAUAAUCAUAUAAAAAUCUUCUGGGUUUUCUUCCCCCUUCAAAAUUAUUUUCAUUCUAAGUAAAUAACACUUCUUGUUUUUCAUUUUAUUGGCACUUGCUGAACUUCAAAGAUGUAUAACAAACUAAAAUCUGAUGUGAAUGAUAUUAAUGCUACUUUCAGCAAAAACUGGGCUUCCUAAUGAAUGCAAAGAUUUCAAUUUCCAUUUGUAUCAUGCUUUCAAUAUGUACUGUAAAUUUCUUAAACUUUUUUUUUAAACCAUGGAACUGAC